CGGGAGGGGGGGGCGGGGCGCAGGCGCGUAGUGUCCCGCGGUGGGCGCCCGGGCAGCUAGCCUCCUGCCUUCUCCCACCGCGGGCGCGCGGUUCCCGGCGGGCCAACGGUGGCCAGCCGAGGCCGAGACGACCCAGGGUGUCCUUAGCGUCCCGCUGCACCGCGACAGCCGCGCUGAUCGUGUUCCUUGGGGGAGACUUCGACUUGUUCGAGACCUGAUGGCCAAAAGAAAGGAAGAAAAUUUCUUCUCUCCUGAAAAUGCCAAAAGACCAAGACAAGAAGAGUUGGAUGACUUUGACAAAGAUGGUGAUGAAGAUGAAUGUACGGUUUCUUUCACAAAUGGUACCUCUACUUUGACUGCAGCAGAAGUUGGAAUAAUUGAGAGUAUUCAGCUAAGAAACUUCAUGUGUCAUUCAAUGCUCGGACCCUUUAAGUUUGGUUCUAACGUCAACUUUGUUGUUGGCAACAAUGGAAGUGGGAAGAGUGCAGUGCUCACAGCUCUCAUAGUUGGUCUUGGCGGAAAAGCAGUCGCUACCAAUAGAGGCUCUUCUUUAAAAGGUUUUGUGAAAGACGGACAGAACUCAGCAGAUAUCUCAAUAACAUUAAGGAACAGAGGAGAUGAUGCCUAUAGAGCAAACGUGUACGGUAACUCUAUAGUUGUGCAACAACACAUCAGCAUGGAUGGAAGUCGAUCUUAUAAACUAAAAAGUGAAACAGGCACCGUGGUUUCUACUAGAAAAGAAGAGCUGAUUGCAAUUCUUGAUCAUUUUAACAUACAGGUGGAUAAUCCAGUUUCUGUUUUAACACAAGAGAUGAGCAAGCAGUUCUUGCAGUCUAAAAAUGAGGGAGACAAAUACAAAUUCAUGGAAGUUUACAGACUCCUAAUUGUGUUUUCCUUAUUGAUACAGUUCUUUAUGAAAGCAACCCAACUUGAGCAGAUGAAGGAAGAUUAUUCGUACAUUAUGGAAACAAAAGAAAGAACAAAGGAGCAGAUAAAUCAAGGAGAAGAGCGACUUAUUGAACUAAAACGCCAGUGUUUGGAAAAAGAAGAACGUUUUCAGAGUAUUGCUGGCUUAAGUACAAUGAAGACUAAUUUAGAAUAUUUGAAACAUGAAAUGGCUUGGGCAGUGGUCAAUGAAAUUGAAAAGCAAUUGAAUGCUAUCAGAGAUAAUAUCAAAAUUGGAGAAGAUCGUGCUGCUAGACUUGACAGGAAGAUGGAAGAACAGCAGGUUAGACUUAAUGAGGCAGAAAAAAAAUACAAAGAUAUUCAAGAUAAACUAGAAAAGAUUAGUCAAGAGACAAAUGCACGGGCACCAGAAUGUAUGGCACUGAAAACAGAUGUUACGGCUAAGAAAAGGACCUAUAAUGAAGCUGAGGUUUUAUAUAACCGUUCUCUAAAUGAGUAUAGAGCAUUAAUGAAAGAUGAUGAACAGCUUUGCAAAAGAAUUGAAGAACUAAAGAAAAGUACCGAUCAAUCUUUGGAACCUGAACGAUUGGAAAGGCAAAAAAAAAUAUCUUGGUUAAAAGAGAGAGUAAAGGCCUUGCAGGAUCAGGAAAGUUCAAUCAAUCAAGAGAUUGAACAGUUUCAGCAAGCCAUAGAAAAGGACAAAGAAGAACGGGUGAGAAUUAAGCGGGAAGAACUAGAUGUGAAGCAUACACUGAGCUAUAAUCAGAGGCAACUGAAAGAACUGAAAGAUAGUAAAACCGAUCGACUGAAAAGAUUUGGGCCUCAUGUACCAGCUCUUCUUGAAGCAAUAGAUGACGCCUAUAGGCGUGGGCGUUUUACCUGUAAACCCAUAGGCCCUUUAGGAGCUUGCAUUCAUCUUCGGGACCCUGAGCUUGCUUUGGCUAUCGAAUCUUGCUUAAAGGGACUUCUGCAAGCCUAUUGUUGCCAUAACCAUGCUGAUGAAAGAGUCCUUCAGGCACUGAUGGAAAAGUUUUAUUCACGAGGGACCUCACGGCCACAGAUAAUAGUUUCUGAGUUUCGGAAUGAGAUGUACGAUGUAAGACACAGAGCUGCUUAUCAUCCAGACUUUCCAACAGUCUUGACUGCUUUAGAAAUAGAUAAUGCAGUUGUUGCAAACAGCCUGAUUGACAUGAGAAGCAUAGAGACGGUGCUUCUGAUCAAAAGUAAUUCUGUAGCUCGUGCAGUAAUGCAGUCUCAAAAGCCACCCAAGAAUUGUAGAGAAGCGUUUACUGCUGAUGGCGAUCAGGUCUUUGCAGGACGUUACUAUUCAUCUGAAAAUACAAGACCUAAAUUCCUAAGCAAAGAUGUGGAUUCUGAGAUAAGUGACUUGGAGAAUGAAGUUGAAAAUAAGAAGGCUCAGAUACUAAAUCUUCAGCAACAUUUGUCUACCCUUGAAAAGGACAUUAAACGCAAUGAAGAAUUUCUUAGAAGGCGCCAAAUACAUUAUAGAGAGUUAAAGGUAAAAAUAACAGAAAGUAUUUCUGAAAUUCGGGAGCUUGAGAAUAUAGAAGAACACCAGUCUGUAGAUAUCGCAACGUUGGAAGAUGAAGCUCAAGAAAAUAAAAUCAAAAUGAAAAUGGUUGAGAAAAAUAUGGAACAACAAAAAGAAAAUAUGGAACAUCUUAAAAAUCUGAAAAUAGAAGCAGAAAACAAGUAUGAUGCGAUUAAACAGAAAAUUAACCAGCUAUCAGACCUAGCAGAACCACUUAAGGAUGAAUUAAACCUUGCUGAUUCUGAAGUGGAUAAUCAAAAACGAGGGAAGCGGCAUUAUGAAGAAAAGCAGAAGGAGCACUUGGAUACUUUAAAUAAAAAGAAACGAGAACUGGAUAUGAAAGAAAAAGAACUGGAGGAGAAAAUGUCACAAGCGAGACAAAUCUGCCCAGAGCGGAUUGAAGUAAAAAAAUCUGCAUCAAUUCUGGACAAAGAAAUUAAUAGAUUAAGACAAAAGAUACAAGCUGAACAUGCUAGUCAUGGAGAUCGAGAGGAAAUAAUGAGGCUGUACCAAGAAGCAAGAGAAACCUAUCUUGAUCUGGAUAAUAAAGUAAGGACUUUAAAAAGAUUUAUUAAAUUGCUGGAAGAAAUAAUGACUCAUAGAUACAAAACAUAUCAACAAUUUAGACGAUGUUUGACUUUACGAUGCAAAUUAUACUUUGACAACUUACUAUCUCAGCGGGCCUAUUGCGGGAAAAUGAAUUUUGACCAUAAGAAUGAAACUCUUAGCAUAUCAGUUCAGCCUGGAGAGGGAAACAGGGCUGCUUUCAAUGACAUGAGAGCCUUAUCCGGAGGAGAACGUUCUUUUUCCACAGUUUGCUUCAUUCUUUCUCUGUGGUCCAUUGCUGAGUCUCCUUUCAGAUGCUUGGAUGAAUUUGAUGUCUAUAUGGACAUGGUUAACCGGAGAAUUGCAAUGGAUAUGAUACUCAAGAUGGCGGACUCCCAGCGUUUCAGACAGUUCAUCUUGCUUACCCCUCAAAGCAUGAGUUCACUUCCAUCUAGUAAACUGAUUAGAAUUCUUCGGAUGUCUGACCCUGAAAGAGGACAGACUACGUUGCCUUUCCGACCUGUGACUCAUGAGGAGGAAGAAGACCGGAGCUGAUCUGUAGCUGCUGGUGCCAUGGGCUGCAUCGUCACGUGGAAGAUUUGUAAAGGGAAACAGUUCAGGAGUCUGUGAUGAAAUAAAAUGAAACUGAAGAUAUUCUGAAAUAAGAGAAGCUCCUUUAUACAUCCGGCCCGAAUAAAGUAUGUAAAUAAAUCUAGAAAGCCUACUACAACCAGCAAUUUAAAAUUACUGUUACUUUACUUUGAGAAAAUUAAUUUCAUAGUACUGGUUUUAAAUCUUUUUUUUUUAAGUUUUUUUUUUAACCAUCUACUUUUAUAGAUUGUUUUUCAGAAGUAAAAUUUUGUACAUAUGUACAUGUACAUAUCUGUUUAGUUUGGGUUCAUUUCUAUGGUAUUUUGUAAGAAUUAAAAUAAAAGUUUGAGCACCUGA